GCGGGCGUUGCCGGGGGGGCGUGAGGGAGCGCGCGCCAUGUUGGGGGCCUGGGCACGGCUGCGGGGCUGGCGGCCACGGGCCUUUUCCACGGGCUGCGCGCGCUGCGCCAAGGCCCGGUCGCUGCGGAGGAAGAGGGAGAUGUCGGAGAAGCAGCUGACCCGAUAUUUUGUGGAUCAUCGAAGAGUGUGCGUGGUUGGAGGACAAGGAGGUGGAGGGGCUAACUCUUUUCUCAGUGAGCCUAGGAAAGAGUUUGGAGGUCCUGAUGGUGGGAAUGGAGGAGAUGGGGGCCCUGUUAUUUUGAAAGUUGACCGGCAAGUCAAAUCUCUUUCUUCGAUCCUCCCAUUUUAUCGGGGUGUUAAUGGAGUAAAAGGGGGAAAAAGAAACUGUUUUGGAGCCAAUGGUGGACAAAUAUAUAUUAAAGUUCCUAUUGGCACUCUGGUUAAGGAGGAUGGGACUGUUGUGGCUGAUCUCGCUAAGCACGGUGAAGAAUAUGUUGCUGCUUAUGGGGGAUCUGGAGGAAAAGGCAACCAGUUCUUUCUGUCCAAUGAGAAUCGAGCACCGACAACAGCUACUCCGGGAGAGCCAGGACAGCAAAGAGUCCUCCACUUGGAGCUAAGGACUAUGGCUCAUGCUGGCUUGGUGGGAUUCCCAAAUGCUGGAAAGUCAUCGCUUUUGAGAGCCAUCUCCAAUGCAAGGCCGGCAGUGGCUUCCUACCCAUUCACAACACUAAAUCCUCAUGUAGGCAUUGUCCACUAUCAAGAUUAUGAACAAGUAGCAGUUGCUGAUAUUCCUGGUAUAAUAAGAGGAGCUCAUCAAAACAAAGGCCUAGGGCUGACCUUCCUAAAGCACAUUGAACGCUGCCGCUUCCUCUUGUUUGUGGUGGAUCUCUCUGUGCAAGAGCCAUGGAUUCAGGUGCAAGACUUAAAAUAUGAACUGGAGCGAUACCAAGAAGGCUUGUCGAAGAGACCUCAUGUUGUCAUUGGGAAUAAGAUUGAUCUUUCUCAGUCUCGGGCUAACUUACCACUCCUUAAAGAACAAGUGGAGCAGAGAGUCAUCCCACUGUCUGCAUUGACAGGAGACAAUCUGGAGGAAUUGUUCUUGCAUCUGCGAGAAUUGUAUGACAGUUAUGUAAAGACUGAAAAAUCAUGUAGGCAAAACCUGAUGAAGUGGUAAAAUUUUCACAGACCUUAGACUGAAUGGAGGAGGAAACUAACUAUAUUUGAUCGCGAGCUGUCUGUGUGGGAAGUGUCGGACAUAGCAUACAAUGCACUGUAUAUUUGUUCUGGACUGUUGCACUCUGCAAACCAAAUAUAUGCAUCUCCUUUUUAGUUUUGUGUCUUUGCAAGCUUUUUCCAACAAAAUGUAGAGUUUUCAUGGUUGUGUAUUAACAGUACGCCAAAUUGUAGUUGUUACACCAAAUAUGUAGGUUUGUAAUGGGGAGAAUCUGGAAAAGCUGGUUGAAACUUAGAAUUUCUUCUUUUCAGAAAAUGUUGACAUUUUAAAAUCUGGUCGUGUUUCCCCCCCCAAUUGGAAUUACACCCCCAAAUUUGAAAGACUUCUCAUGAAUCAGAAAUUCUGAAAUAUAACAUAAACUAGAGUGUGUUCUUCUAAAAGGGAAAGGUGUUUUGUAUGGUAUGUAUAGUCCUGCCAAGCAGACCUUCUUCUUUUUUUUUCCAACUAUGUAUAUUUUUGUGGACAGUUUUUCCUCUUGGUUUUGCAUUCUUUCCCUAAGCUAGAGUCUUCCUUUUAUUUCUGCAUGGUCUUAGCUAAGAUGCAUCUUUUUCAUAUGAUAGGAUCAAUAUUCUCUCUUUUGGCAGCUGAAUUCUUAGAAUCCACCCAGAUAUUAUUUACUGAACUUUUUUUAAACAGAAAAGCAUUAGUUCCUAUGGAAACAGUAUUCUUUCAUAUUCAGAUAGGAAUAGAACAGUGUUAUCCUAUAUGUGUUGAAACUAUUCCUUUAAGCAGUCUAUCUGCAUAGGCUGCCUUGUAUGAGCAGACUGCUCUCCCCCUACUUAUCAGCCUGCUGAACAAGAAAUAAAAAUGUGCUACAGGAACAUGGAAGGAUACAUGGGAGUAGUCAGAAAAAAUAAUGGUUCUUAGUCUAGUGUUUAUUUUUAAAUUUGAGAGAAGCUGAAAGAAUCAGAUUAACACUUUCCUCCAGAUCAGCAGUCUGGAGCUUUCAAUUUAGGACAUUUUACUAUAUCAAUACAAUACCAAGAAGACUUUUAAAUACCUGCGGAGUUUGUAACUCUUCUGCCUUGUCUUCUGUUAGACAACUUCACUUUUCAAGAAACUAAGAUGAUGUUUUAAGGACAGUAAAUGGAAACAUUUCUUCUUAAAAAUAUCAUUGGCUCUUAUGUGAAUAGAUUUAGCUGUAUUGAAUAUCAGUAUAUUUCAAUUUAAUGUAUAACUCAAAAAACCAAAACAAACACAUGAACCUCCACCAGA